CAACUUUCAAUUCAUGAUGACAACUUAAAUGUUCAUUUUAGUUGUCCAAUUUUUGAUAAUAUUGGUCUUAUUAUCCGAGUACAAGAUUCAAAACAUACUAAGAAAACUGCCUGUAAUGCUUUAAUAUCUAGAGCUCGUUUGUUGACAUUUAGAACAUCAUCAGCCCAAUAUUCUUAUCUUCUUAAUCUUAUAAAACAUCAUGAUUCAAUUAUGUAUAGAAAUGAUAUUGUAAAGUUAGAUUAUCAAGACGAUAAAGGUUUUUUUAUAUAUCUAUUUGUAAUGGGUAAAUAA